ACCACGUGCUUUGACAAUUUCUUUUCUCGUUGUUUCUUCUGUCGAUGCGUCUCCUUAGGUCGCGACACGGUAACUUUUGAGAAAGAACCCAUGCCUUCGAUCCCCGCCAGCGGCGAAGAAAGUGACGAAAAGCAAAGCUUCUCCUCCAAAAAUAAUUUCUCUUCCCACAAUGCUUCUUUCAAGUGAAGGUGCGAUUGGGUGAUAAUGUGGAUCACUACUAUGUGGAUAGGACUGAGAUUAGAUUGUGUUGAAAAGUGUUGUGCUUGCCCUUAUAGACUGGAUUUAAUGCUGCAAUGUGGAUUCGAUUUGGUUAAUAUCAUUUGUGAUUUGCUUGUUGGUUGCAGAUUCCGAAUCAUGUAGCUAUUAAAAUUGCUCUUGAACUGAAGAAGCUGCUCAUUGACAAUAGCCUUCUAAAUAUGUAUGAAUUAUUCGGCAACUAUUUCAGUGGCUCAAUUCUAGAGUGGAUAGGCCAAAAGAAAAACCUGCGGUUUCUUGAUUUCUCUCAAAACUUGUUCUAUGAUACCAUUCCCAUCCGAGAAAAGUUGAAAGACAAGCUAGCGGAGUUUUUCAACUGUCAAUACAAGCACUUUGUUGAAUUCACCGCUUUAAUCAGCUGGAGGAGAGGUGCAAACAUUGGGUGGCAUAGUGAUGAUAACAGACCCUAUCUCAAACAGCGGCACUUUGCACUGAAGAUUCAGAAUCCUCCCUUACUAAUAGAAGGUGAGAGGGUGUUCAAAGGGUGUGUAUCUGCCAGCGAGUUGGAACUGAUGGAACUCUUUGAGGACUACACAUGCAUGAUUUGCCAUUGUCCUAACCCAAGGAACACUCACAUAUUUGGUAACUGCAUCAUUCAGAGUACCACUUCUGUCUCACCUAAGCUAGAUGCUUCUACUCGGUAUCCUUCUCACUCCUUUCUCACUGUCUGCUUUCUCUGCAACAAGAAUCCUGGGCAUGGUAAAGACAUCUACAUGUACAGGGGUGAGAGAUCAUUUUGCAACAAUGAAUGCCGUUACCAGGGGAUGUUGAUGGAGGAAGAGAUCAACAGAUUGAAAGCUGAAGAGGCUGUUUAUGGGACAUAGUUCCUCCCACCAAGUCUCAAGUCUCAAGUCUCAACCAUUAAUAAUAAUCAACUUCCUCUUCUAUUUUUAGUUUUAAUUUCUAGGUUGAAACUAUAUAUAUAGAAAUUGUAUCUGUAGAAAAUAGAGUUGGGGGUUUGAAUUAAAAGGUUAAGCUAGAAGUGAUUUUUGUUGAAAUAAUGAAUUAGGGGAUUGCUUGGCUUGCCACAAUUUUUGUCCUUCAAUUCAAAUAUGGUAGUGAUGAUUAUUGUGUUAUACUCUUAUCUAUGGCUUCACCUUACACUCUAGUCUCUAAUGUCUUUGUUUAUAAAGUAUUCUACACUCUACAGUACUAAUAAUACCAAUAAUAAUAAGGUGAAUAAUUAUGCCAGUGGAAUGACUUUAGAUAAAUGUUUCACUUUUUAAUUUAUUUUACCUUUUUUUAUCUUUUAACAGGAUGUUCGUGAUUGUCGUGAUUUCAAGUACAAAAGAGUAAAUCUUGAGGGACAAGCGGUGAAGCUGAAUAGAGCCAAGCUUGAGGCAUGCUUAACAUGUCCUUUGUGCAAUAAAUUGUUCAACAAUGCCACCACCAAUUUUGAAUGCUUACACACUUUUUGCAGAGAAUGCAUAGAUAAGAAGCUAAUAUAUGAGCAAUUAAAGCAUUGUCUAGUAUGCAAUGCUGACUUGGGUUGUUCUCCACUUGAUAAAUUAAGCUUGGGACACUAAGGAGGCUGAAAUGCUGGUAGUUUCUUUGGCAAAGUGCUUUAUAGGUUUGGAAUCUCGGGCAUAUUCUUAAGGUUGUGUAGUUCAUAGAAUAUUUUUUUAUUUUUGGAUAUGGAUUGUAUAUUUGAGACUUUUAUGUAAUUAGAUGAUAUUGAAAUAUUAAAAUUGUUUU